AUGGCUUGGCUUCUGCGUUAUUUUUCACCUCCUUCAGGAAAGCUUGAUAUAACUCAACCACGUGCCUUGGCGUAUGACAGAAGCAUACUCGAGGCAGGGAAAGUGGAAAACGUUUUUUCCAGCAUAUCAUGGAGGGAUGUAUAUGAUUUGCAUCAUGCCAUAUUGGGCAUCUUGUAUUCCGUUCUAGUGAUUGCAGUAAUCACCGAUAUCAUCAAAGAUGCUGUUGGUCGUCCACGCCCAAAAAUCUUCUAUAGGUGCUUCCCCGAUGGAUUUGAGGCCUUUCAACCUAAUGGGGAUGUUAAUUGUCAUGGAGACCCUAAAGUUGUGAAAGAAGGAUAUAAAAGCUUUACCAGUGGACGUACCUCAUGUUAG